UCGAAGACGCAGUCAACAAACUGCAAGCUCUCUUUCUGUCCUCAAUUCUCUCGGUUUUGCAAUCAUGGAAGAUCAAGACGUGGCGACCCCGAACCCACUGGUGACCGUUACAUUCCAGCGAGAUGCCAAAAGGAAGCAAAAAUACCUCGAAGCGGAACCGAAAGCGCUCGGGAUCACCCAGAUUGUCCUGAGCGUGCAUCAGAUCUCAUGUGUCAGCGCAUUUCCAGCCAGCCACCGCGAUCACUACUUGGCCAUUCCGUUUAUCGUGGCGUCGAUUCUGGUGCUGAUCGCCGGGAGCGUUUCCGUCGCGGCAAAGAACCUGCAUUUGCCCACGCUGAGGGGCAGUCUGGGAAUGCAGGUUGUGUCCUGCGUGGCGUCAUUCUUCAACGUGAUCUGGCUCCUGAUUGACAUCGAAAGCAAUUAUACCGGUUGCUGGCGCUUUUCCGACGACUACAACACCACCAACGCUCAACUCUGCCAGAGCAUCAAACGCACCAAGCAUCACAUCUUUGCCCAGAACAUGCUUGUCCAGGUGGCUUUACUAGCCAUCUCAGUCACUCUGAGUGCUUACGCCUGCAAGGUGGCCAACUGCUGCGGACCGGCGCCCAAAAUGCCGGUGAUCAUGUUGCAGACCCCUGAUCCAAGCCACGAGCAGGCAGAGGGAUGAGAUGAUCAAAAUGUGAAAAACUACAGCCUUGCACUCUUGCUGCAGGGACAAGAAACCACUUCAGUAUUACUGUGUAUCCAUUGUAAAUGUUUAUUUUUUUAUAACUUUGUAUAUACAACUGAGGAAUUCCUUUUAUUAACUCAUUGACUGCAAUAGACGUCCAAUCCUUUUGAAGUGGGAGGGACAGUAGAGAAUGCUACACACCCACUUCAAGCUGAUUUGACUCCGUGGCGGGACAAAUGUGAACAGGGCCCUGGUGCCGAGAUGAACGUCUGGUGGGUUGGGGGUCCUAGGUGAUGAUUAUUCGCGGGCCCCUCCACACUUUCGUGGGCUCUUCAAGACCAUCAUCCCAUGUGUGAGUUGGGGACGGGGCUAGUGGAAAAUUUUCUGCGGGCAACAACCAGUCGAGCAAGGAGUUUGUGGGCGUAUUUGGGAUAUUUUGACCCUUAAACACUAAAUUAAAGCUCCGAACAUCAUCUUACUAUUAUGUUGGACCCUCCCCUUGCCAAACCACACCCCUUCUACGGCCGCACACCCGCCACACCCCUUUAAGCUCCGCCCCUGAUUGGACAUUUACUAGUGUAAACUCAUUUAAAGCAUUUUAAUCUGGUUUUUAAGAGCCACAUGAUCAAACCACUGAUUUCAUGCAUACACGUAUAUGUUUAAAAAAAUCAUAUGUUUAAAAAAAUACAAAUAACAUUUUUAAAUAAAUUA